GCGUCUAUGGCUGAGAUGCGCUUGGCUUUGGGAAAAUGAAGCGUAGGAGAACUUAUUUCUUUUAGUCAAAACGCGGGGUUUCCAUUCGUGAACUUUGCGUCCGAGGCUGUGUCACUUACCGGAGGUUCGAGCUUUGAUUUUUUGGCUAGCUUUCACCGGGCAGACAUGAUGAAGCUCAAGUCGAACCAGACUCGCACGUACGAUGGAGACGGCUAUAAGAAGCGGGCCGCCUGCCUGUGCUUCAGGAGCGAAACGGAGGAGGAGGUGUUGUUGGUGAGUAGUAGCCGGCAUCCAGACAAAUGGAUUGUACCGGGAGGAGGAAUGGAGCCAGAGGAGGAGCCCAACGUUGCUGCUGUUCGAGAAGUGUGUGAAGAGGCUGGUGUCAAGGGCACUUUAGGAAGACUCGUAGGAAUAUUUGAGAACCGGGACAGGAAACACAGGACGUAUGUGUAUGUUCUUAUUGUAAAAGAAGUCCUGGAGGACUGGGAGGAUUCUGUAAACAUUGGGAGAAAAAGGGAAUGGUUUAAAAUAGACGAUGCCAUACAAGUGUUGCAGUGUCACAAGCCUGUUCAGGCCACCUACUUCGGGGCUCUACAAGAUAGCUGCCUGACCAGCAAUGGCACGCCUCUAGUGGCCACGAUAGGCGGAGACCUCUCACCCACCUACAACAUUAAUCAGAGCUCCGUUUCUGACAUCAGAUAACUAAUACACAACACUGACACUCCGGAUGCUUCCCCCACCACUCUUGCUCUUAUUCUUUCAGUAUUUUUUUCUCCCUCCCUUUCUCUCUCUCUCUCACUCUCUUUCUCUCUAUAUCUCUAUCUAUCUAUCUCUCUUUCAAUCUGGCUUUCUCUUUACCUUUUCUCUUAUAAACAAAUGGUUUGCCUUGCCAAUCUUUUUUUUGAGCGCCAGAAAAAUGGCACAAACUUGACAGUGUUUGGUAAAUAUUCAAAAAGUUUUGUAAAUGUAAAUUUAAUGUUAAUGUCUCUCUUUACUCUAUUUUCUCCUCCCCUUACAAAUGGACAAUUGCAUGAAAUUCCCACCUGGUCAUUUUCCCUUUAGUGCCCUCUACGUGACCCAAGUGUGUGGUUAAAUGAAUGCAAGAACUACUUUUUAUUGUUGUGAUGUAAAUACAUGUAGCCUAGUGCUUUCGCUUCAGGCUUUCAAUAUUUUUUACGCAUUUAUUUUUUUCUGGGCGUGAGAGCAAGCGAGCAUGCAAAUUUGUGAGUGAUUGUGUGUAUGUAUGAUUUCGGGACACUUACACCCCGCCCCUUGCCCAACCCCAGUUGAGAAGGAGCCGCUUAUCUGCCUAAAUGGAUAGAAAUAUAAGAAGUCAGUCCUUUUGCAUGAGCACUGAUAUUUAUUCGUCUUACAGUGUUGAAUGAUCUGCUGAAUGUUCAACAUGUAUUUGGGGGUCAGUAGUUUUUUUGAGUGGUCUUUUUCCCCUCAUUUUUGCCUCUUUUGCCAAAUGUUAUGGGCUAAAAAAAUACAUACUUAAAUUUAUUACAUUUUUCCCCCGAUAAAAUAAAAGUAUUUACAUGGAAUAGCCCAAAAAUGAAAACAAGGUUACCCAAGGGUGGACAAAUCGAAAUCUUAAAAAUCUAGUCAUUGGAUAACUGAAUCCUCUAAUAUGCACACCCAUGAUUUAAUUUGUCCAAAAACAGAUUAAAAUACGAAUGUAGAGUUAGCUCAUAAACGGUGGCUGUUGGUUAAGUAAAAAUCGAAUAAAAUUAAAAACCAUAACGAGAUAAUCGAAUAGGCUUAAUAUGGCUUAUACAUGUUUUAAUAGUGAUUGCUUAAUAAUCUCAAUAACAAUCGUAAAUUAAUGUUUUUCUCUCAUCUUACAUUGCACAUUGACCACUUCAUAAAUCAUUUAGAUUUUGGUCUUCAAAUGAUUAAACUCAAUCAGGUGAGUCUCUUGCAUGCCUAAUAAACCUGAUGCCUAAUUGGUCAUUUGUGGUACUCUAUACUGACACACAUUUCAAACUCAGGGAACAGAGCACUCAUAUAUAAACACAUAAUGCCCAGUGAUAUUUAAGAAAAUAGGAAAUCUUAUGAUAAAUCUUAUGAUUUCUUUAUUAUUAUUACAAAUGUAUGUGAGAGUCAAGUGGCCAAUUUAAUGAGAGAUCAAAUAUCAAGCACUGCCUGGAAAUGAGAGUAUUGAAGUACAUGAACCAAGUAUGGAAAAUACACAUUAAAUUCAGAUAAGUUGGGACAGUAUGUAACACCUGUAUUCAUUUAAAAAUAGUAAAAAAAAAAAAAAAAAUGUCAAAUGUAUUGACAAUAUAGUUUCGCCAUUUCUUAGUUUUUUUGUCUUUUUUUUUUUUUGUAAAUAUAUGCUACUUCCACUUUUAUUGCCUGCAAUACAUUGCCAAAAAUUUGGGACAGGAUCAUUUUAACGUAUCACAUUACAGUUUUUUAAUGUUGAAAUUAACAUGUAUGAUGUCUAGCAGGAAGCAUGUUAUAUUAUUCAUGGUAAUGGUUCCCCAACAGACGUUUGAGUCACCCAGAGAAGCCAAGAAGAGUUCACGCCAUGUCUAGAUGUUUUUGACAUUUGACUACUAUAUUAUGCACAGUUGCAGUCAAAACACAUUGCGUUUGUAAUUGGGGUGGCACGCUGGCUCAGUAGGUAGCACUGUCACCUCACAGCAAGAAGGUCCUGGGAUCGAUCCCCAGGUGCGGUGGUCCGGGUCCUUUCUGUGUGGAGUUUGCAUGUUCUCCCCGUGUCCGCAUAGGUUUCCUCCGGGUGCUCCGGUUUCUUCCCACAGUCCAAAGACAUGCAAGUGAGGGGAAUUGGAGAUACAAAAUUGUCCAUGACUGUUUGAUAUAACCUUGUGAACUGAUGAAUCUUGUGUAAUGAGUAACUACCGUUCCUGUCAUGAAUGUAACCAAAGUGUAAAACAUGACGUUAAAAUCCUAAUAAACAAACAAUAAACAAACAUUUGUCAUUGCAGUGACGAA